AUGAAUGAGACAGGCCCAUUCGCUCACGAUAUGAAAGGGCAGAAACUGAGCUUUGAUGCUAGGAUUGAUUCAGUCUUCCAAUUUGAGCAUCUCAAACUGAUGCACUUGGGGCUUCGAGUUCAGAACAAGUCACUGGCAGCUAUUAUCAGUACCAGCUCUGUUCCAAAGGCGACAUGGGACACGGCACAGAAGCUGACCACCGAGUCCAUCAUCAGGGUCACAGGCUACGUCGCUCCACAGGCCAGCGAUAAUGGCGAAGCCAGUGAAAAUGCUGCGCAUGUAAUAGUCUAUGUGUCGGGCUUAGAUGUCAUUGCCUGGGCGUCUCCAGACCUGCCUUCAUCCUCAUCCUACAGAAGAGAAAUGCUGUCCCGCGUUGGCCUUGAGGAACGACUCAGUAAUCGCAUCCUUGAUGUGCGAUACGCCGCAUCCGGGGCAAUUUUCAAGCUCCACUCAGGGAUGUGCCAGCUAAUUGUCGAAUUCCUUUGCUCAAACAACUUCCAGUGGAUUCAUACCCCGCGUAUUAUAACUGCCACGGUCCCAGGGGAUAACGAGUACUUUCACCUGCCAUAUUUUGGCCAGGACGCAUGGCUAGCCCAGAGCUCGCAGCAACACAAGCAGAUGGCCCUUUCUAUGGACAUGGAGCGUGUAUUUGAGAUCGGUCCUGUAUUUCGAGCUGAAGUCAAGUCUAGUGAUUCUGCUAGGCAUCUGACUGAGUUUACCGUUCUGGAUAUAGCCAUGACCUUCUAUGAAGACUACCACGAGGUGGUUGACUUGCUUGAAUCCAUGCUGUUAUUUAUCUUCAGGGAACUCCAGGGACGCAAACAGUACAAGCAGCAUAUCGAGGCUGUUCAAAGGCUCUAUCCUUGUGGCCGGCCGUUACGAGUGGGCUUCAACAAACAUGGCAAAGUACCGCGCAUCACUUUUACAGAAGCCAAACGCAUCCUAAGGGAGGAUAUGAACCUCGAAUCUGAUGAUAGCAAGAACUUUACCGAACAAGAGGAGGCUGACCUCGGCCGCCACUUCCGCGACUCUCCUCAUCGUGGAAGCACGGACAUCUUCACCAUCGAUCAAUACCCUGCAUCUAUGCGUCAGUUUAACUCAAAGGCCAACCCCAACGCCCCAGAGUUCUCGAAUACAUGGGACAUCAUAGUCAGUGGACGGGAAAUCUGCUCUGGUAGUCAGCGUAUCCACUCAUACCACGAGAUGUGCGAAGCCAUGCGUGCCGGAGUGUGUGGCCCACCACUGGAUCCUGAGGCCAAGCAGUGGCAGCCGUAUCUGGAUGCAUUCAGGGCCGGCAUGCCGCCACACGGUGGUUGUGGACUGGGCGUAAAUAGACUGCUGCAGAGCUUCCUGGGACUGGAUGAUGUGCGCGAGACUACGCUGUUUCCGAGAGAUGUGAAUAGAUUGAGGCCUUAA